CACAUACCUAGUACUUUUUUAAAGGAAAUUCUAGUACUUUCUGGGUCUUAAAAUGUUUGGUAUUUUUUUAAUCAACAUAAGGAAAAUUUUACUUCCUACCCCUACAUUUGCCCUUCUACCCCAACAAUCAUAUUUUUUUGACGAAAUUACCCUUACAUAAAUAGGAAAUUUUUUUCUCAUUUUUCACUUUUUACUGAUCUUGAACAAACACUCUCCUUUUAUCUGUACGAAACACAAACCGGAACACCUUGGAAAACUCUUCCGGUUCAUUAACUUUCCAAACCGGAACACAUUUGGUAAGUGGUCCGGUUCAGAAAAAUACUUCACGGAACACUUUUGGUUUCUGUUCCGGUGCGUUCGCUUCCAAACCGGAACACAAUUUGGAACUCUUCCGGUUUGUUGCCUAUGAUACCGGAACGCUUUUGAAAUCUGUUCCGGUUUGUUUUCAUCUCCACCGGAACCCUUUUGAAAACUGUUCCGGUUUAGCUCAGUUGCAAACCGGAACCCUUUUUGGAACUGUUCCGGUUUGGUUUUUUUUAUUUUUUUUUUAAUUUUUUUUUUUUAAAUUUUUUUUUCAGGAAAAUGCGUACACUUGGACCAGACGGGAGACCACAUUCCCGCCGCCGCCGCGACGAAGCUGGUUCCUCUAACCCACCACCACAGCCAGUUGGAUAUCCUGGUGGACCAUCAGAUUUAUCUUUACUUGUUCGAUAUCAAGACCAUGUUGCUCGCCGGUUAUGGUACGGAGAGGAAAGAGGCUCUAAAAAGGAGCUUAAAGUUGCUGGGCACGGGACGAAGCUCCAGGAGAGAGUGCCUCAGCAGCUCCCACCUGAGAUUGAGGCUAUCGUGUCUAAGUCAGGUCUGGCUUCUCUUCAGAGAACUAGCCUGACCAAGAUAGACGUUAAUCUCGUCUCAGCAUUUGUGGAGAGGUGGCAUGUUGAGACUUCGUCAUUUCACAUGCCAUUUGGUGAAAUGACGAUUACUUUAGAUGAUGUUGCGUGCUUGCUCCAUUUGCCUAUCAAUGGUAUGUUCUGGUAUCCUGAUGAGCAUGUCACAGAGCAGGUGGCUGUUGAUCUUGGCUGUGAGUUAUUGGGAGUGGAUAGACAUGCCAUGGCUGUACAUGUGCGUUCUUGCAGGGGAGCUUAUUACUCACUGCAGUGGCUGUAUGACAGAUUCGUGCAGUACCGUGCUGCUGGUAGUUGGACUUACGCGACCAGGGCAUAUCUGAUGAUGUUGGUAGGUUCUACCAUUUUUGCGGAUAAGACAUUUACCCUGGUUGAGGCCCGAUAUUUGCUAUUGUUUAGAGAUCUACGUGGGCUUGGUUCAUACAGUUGGGCAUCAGCGGCACUGGCCACUCUUUAUCGCCACCUUGGGGAUGCAUCUAUGUUUAGUUGCAAGCAGCUCGGUGGAUAUCCUACUCUUCUACAGUGUUGGAUACAUGAGUACUUUCCUACUCUGGGAAGGAAAGGAGAAAAUUGGCGGUCAGACAACCAAGGGCUUCCGAGGGCGAUGAGAUGGUUCUACAGACAGGGGGCCAUCAAGGUGGAUGCAUAUAGACCGAUAUUGGAUGAGCUGACACCUACAGACGUCAUAUGGCGUCCAUUCGAGGAUCAUCGACCUCAUAUUGCUUUUAACGAGCUAUCUUUAUACAGAGGUUUCCUUGUUUGGGGUGACAUACAUGUGUUGUACUUACCCGAUAGGUGUCUUCGCCAGUUUGGUAUUCGCCAGUAUAUCCCGCCUGCACCUCCUGCUGAUACGCUCAGCAACGAUGAGAUUGCUGUGGAGUGGAUUGGUUAUCACCAGAGCGUGACAGAUGUGAUUAGAGGUACGGAGGCGGUGGGAUACCCUCAUGAGACGGUGGAUGGAUAUUUAGAGUGGUAUUACCGUGUGUCUCAUCCUCAGGUUGUGCCGCCCCCACCUAGUGAGCGUAGAGAGGUUCCAGUUCCUGUCUUUAAUGCAGGACCAGCUGAUCCAGAUUGGGCUCGUGCCUCCACACUGGUUCGCCGUUAUCUCCGGCAGGUAGAGGCCGAGGAGGAUGAUGUCGCGUAUGCUGACUUAUUUGAGGUGUUGCGCAUCGCCGAUGAGCAUUGACUAUGUUAUAUUUUAUUUUAGAUAUUACAUUUUGGAUAAUUUUAUGGUGCAUUCUGGAUUAUAUUUUGGAUUCUAUAGUUGAUUUUAGUCUUUUGUUUUAUUCUAUAUUUUAUUGUAUAUUUUGGAUUAUAUUUUAUUCUAUAGUUUAGAUUCUAUUUGGAUAAGAUAUCUUAUUUGGAUAAGAUAUUAUGUGGAUAAGAUAUUGUGCGGAUAAGAUUGCCCUCAUGGCCUAUAAAUAGGACCUCCUAGUGUUGACACAAAAUAUCAUAUUUUUCAGAAUGUCUCUUGGUAAUUUUAUGGUUGACACAAUUGUUUUCUAUACUGGAACUAAGGAACCCAUGAAGCUUUCAAUACCUAACGAUUGCGGGAGACUCGAGUCACUUAAAAGUUGGGUGAAAGAAGAGUUGCCAGAAACUGAUAACCGAGUGGUGACUAAAAUCUGGUAUCGUGAAAAUUGGAACAUGGAUGUUGAUGGAAGGAUAAGUUAUAAUAUUGUGGAGUUGAAAUGUGAGGAUGUUCUGAAGAUGCUGGUGCGCCCAGAAUCGUCUGCAAGAGUCUAAUGCUUUAAUGUUUUAUGUUAUUGUUAUCAUGUUCUAUGUUUUAAUGUUCUAUGUUAUUGUUAUCAUGUUUUAAUAUUCUAUGUUAUUGUUAUCAUGUUU